GUACCCAGUAGGCUUUGCUUUUAGUUUCAAACUAACUAAUUCUUUCCACCUAACCUGUCACAACGGAAUUCAGAAUGAGCAACACCCAAAGACCAAACGACAGUAUUUUGAUUAAUAUCACCGAAGAUGUACUGCGAGCCACGGACGUUUUGACCCAGAAGGGUCCAGUGAAGCAGGUGCGAGGCGACUCGGAUCUUUUCCGCUGGGUUCGGUCGCAGGCCUACCGUGAUCUGAUCGCCUACAUAAACAACACUAGCCUUGCCCUUCAGGGUCGUCGCCUAACCGAGAGCUUUCCCGUAUCAGAGGAGAUGCAACGACUCUGCGACAUGUUUGAUGACCUGGAGCGUCCUUUGGCAAAGCACACAGACACAUCAGCUUCAUCGAAGGUAAGCGUCUCCUACCUGGCGUGGCUGCGGCACAUGUUCCAGAUCGUCCUGCGUCAGCUGGCCGGGGCCGUCAGCGGGGAGAAGUGCAUGCACAUACAUGAGCUGGGGGAGUACCUUAGGCGCUCCUUCGGCAAUGCCACUACUCUGGAGUUUGGCCCCGGGAACGAGCUGAUGUUCCUGUUCUUUCUCUGCGGCCUAUUUCGGGCUGACAUUCUACGGGCCAGAGACACCGUGGCCGCCGCCCUGAUGCUCUUCUACCGUUACAUACACCUGGUGCGCCGCCUGAUCGCGAUAUAUAAUCUGCCCAUAUCCAGGAACCCGAGGUGUGCCAUCGAAGACUACUUUUUUGUGCCCUACCUUUGGGGAGCCGCGCAACUGUGCCUGGACGCGCCAUUCUCUCCGCCGCAGUGCGACCAGCCAAAGGCGAUUGAGAGCUAUCGGCACGACUACAUGAUGGUGAACUUGAUCGAGAAUCUGCCGGAAAAGAGCGGGCCGCUCAGCCACAACGCCUUUCAGCUGUGGUGCAUCCUGUCCGCACCAACAUGGCCGGAGGUGUACCGAGGACUCGAGCGCUGCUAUAUUAAUCACAUUCUGUCAUCAUUCCAUACCGUUGAGAAUGCGAUCUUCUGGGAACUGAUGUCCUUUGACAUGGCCCCGGCGGAGGGGCUUUUGCAUCGCCCAUCUAUGGGCCAGCGGGAGAGGCGGGUAUCAGGAGUGAUACAGCAAGAAGAAGGGCCCGUCCGUCCGUAUUCCAGCCUGGGUCUUUUCACUAGCCUCCACGAGCUACAAAAGACGUCUGAAGAGGAAACGGAUGACGACGACAUGGGAGAUCGUCUGGUAAUGCUCCACCCAACGACCGAAGUUGCAGCUGGUUUGGAAGAUUUGGAAACUGGCGAAAGAUUAAGUGAUACUUCUACUUCCAACACCUCAGCUGAAACCCGAUUCUUUAUGGGCAAAGACGAUUGAAUUAAAUUUUCAAUAAAUUAUUGUCAUAAAUGCAAAUAAAGUAAAGAAAAAUAAAACAGUUAA